UUGUAAUAGAUCGUUAUUAAAGCGAUCAAUGACGAACGAUGUCUACUACGAUGACUACUUUCUUUUCUUACGGCCCUGGAUCGACCGGUUGUACUCUGAAAGUAUCUCGCGUGUGCUUACCUUUGAAAGAACGUAUUCACGAGGUUUCAGUUUGUCUUCAUCCAUCGUACCAGCGUGAACCCGAUUUUUCGUCCUUGCGCGAGUAACAUCCUUUCGUUUCGAUCGAAGGACGAAAAAAGGAUCGUCCGGAAGUUCGAUAGAAUAUUUUUGUCAAGUUCAACAACCAAUUUUUGGGUUUGUAAUAAUUCGACGAUAAUGAAGAUUGCUGUUACCUUGUUUCUUUUUGUCGUCGUUGGCUGCACGUGGCGGGCUACGCUAGGCACAUGCGUCUUUCAAUCCGACUUCGGAUUUGCUUUAAACUGCGCCUUCAAAAAAUCCGGCCUCUUCCGGGUACGAAAUCUCGGAGGUGUCAAAGGUUACCUUGGCUUGGGAUUUACUGUAGGUGAUGAACUAGGAUUUAGGGAAUCAUUAUCGAACGUUGAAAGUGCAAGAAGAAGAAGCGUACAAGCUGGAAAGACUACUGGUCUUUCUCUUGGUUCGACAAAUGUGGCAACAAAUCGGAAUGACAAUCAACAAAAAGCAAGACAAGUCGUGCCACCUUUCAAACCUUUGCCAGUUGGAAUGAGUCGUCCAAUGGGUCAACAACCGGAACGUCAAAAAUUGGUGGUUCAACAAAAUACAACGGCACUUAGAACGAUAGCUGCACCUUCCUUGGGUACUCACGAUGAUAUGAUAAAAUAUCAGCAACAACAGCAGGAGGCAAAAUCGAAGCAACAACAAAAGUUACAACAGGAGGCAUUGGCGUUGCAAGUAUUGAAACAACAGAGACAACAGCAACAGGAAGCUAUGCGUCAACAGCAUUUACAAAAGAUGCAACAGCAAUACAAGCAACAACAAUUAUUGAAUCAACAACAACAACAACAGAAACAACAGAUGAUGAUUCAACAACAAAAGCAGAUCCUAGCGAUGCAAACUAAAAGGAUACAGGCAGCAAUAGCAGUAGCAACGACAACGAAGGCUCCCCCAAGUGUCGUAGUUUCAUCGAUAGGAAAUAUGGUGCAAAGUGAUCAUUUAAAACCUGUUUCAUUGGCAAUGACGUCCGUGACUAGUAACGGGUUACCACCUUUCAUCGCCAUGCCUCAAUCAUCUUCCAAGCUUACCGAUAGGAUCAGCAAUAGUGCUACGUUACUUGAUGAUUCUGAUAAUGAAGUACCUAAGGAUGAUUAUAAUCAGCUUCCGUUACCAGGAGAAGAAGCAGCAUCUUCUGUUAACAAAAUGACCCUGCUAUCGUUGCAACCGAUCAGUAAUGCAGCCGAAUCGUCACUAAGUUUACCAUUACAACAAAAUGAAAAACGACAAUCGUUACCAGCUUCUUUACCUUCGUUAGCACCGAUCCAAGGUAUGGAAACAUCAUUGAAAGCUUUAGCUGAGGCAAGUAACAUCACGUUAGAAGCUUUAGAGGCAGCUAUCCUUUUGAGACAGCAACAACUUAUGCAGAAACAGCAGGGACCUAGUAGUACAACCAGUACAACUACAACUACUACAACUAUUUCACCACUCGUUAAAAACAAAUACACCACCAAUUCAGGUGCUACGAAAGUAAUGAACGCACCGAACGAAUAUUAUCCUAUUGGAUACGAUAAAAAUUUCGACGAUAAUUUUGCAAGUCGCGUUGAUCUACCCGACACCAGUUUUUAUUGCGGUGAUCAAAAACAUUUCCCGGGUCUUUACGCCGACGAAGAUUUGGGAUGUAUGGUUUUCCACGUAUGCGCGUUAACCGAUGACGGUUUGAUCAUGAAGAGUUUUCUGUGUCCUGAAUCAACUUUGUUCGAUCAAACGAUCUUAAAAUGCAACUGGUGGUUCUACGUUGAUUGUUCAUCAUCGAAGAGUCUCUAUGAUAGUAAUAUUCCAAUCAGCAAGAGUUAUCAGUUAAUGAAGGCACUAGCAUUUUUCUCUGCUUACAAGAAUCACGAUAACGGUACCAUUUCUAGCAAGGAUAACAUUGACAGUGAAGUAACUCGAACGUAAUUAUUUGUCUAGAAUUUAACGCCCAUAUCCAUCAUGUGUGUGUUUAUAGCCAUUAAUCUAAAUCAAAAAACAAAGGGUCAAGAAGAAACAUAGAAGGGCGAGGUAAAAGUAAUUGAAGUCAUUUUUUAAGUAGGAUAAUAAAUAUGAUAAUGGUCAUCGUUGGAUUAUGUUUAUCCAUCGAUAAGAUCGAAUGUUUGGAUAUCUUUUGUAUGAUUGUUUUUGUAUGAGUGUAUAUAUAAUUUAUUACAUAAUUAAUGGUGCAACGGUGUGAAUAUU